CCAGUUGACAGAGUCUUGGGUUGGGACCGAGUUAUAUAUUGUCUCAAUUUCUGUUUUCUCUCCUCCCUUUCUUUUCCUUAUCUUCUGUGACAAAUUCAGGCUAAGAGGGAGAAAGGGGAGAUAGAGAGUCGGGAAGAAGAGAAUUGAAGAGAAAAGCAAGGGCACCUUCCCUGAAGACUCUCUCUCUCUCUUUCUCUCUCUCUGAAAUACACUCACACAACAACCGCAAGACUCUCUCUUUCUCACAUUUCUCUCGCCAUCAUGAUCUCAUCCAAUAGAUGCAGCUUACUGAGCAACACAGGGUUAGCUAGAUGUUCUAGUUCCUCUGCUCUACAGAGGAGACGUUUAAUUCCUUUUAGAGUGGUUUGCGUGGCUUCUAGCAGUAGUUCAAGUGGUGACAGAAAACACAGCCCUGUGAUGGAGACUAUAGCUGACGUGGACAAUAAUCCAACCGUAGCCGGAGGUGUUCGGGAUGUUUAUGGUGAGGAUAAGGCCACAGAAGAUCAAUUUGUUACUCCAUGGAGUGUCUCUGUUGCUAGUGGGUAUACCUUGUUGCGUGAUCCACACUUUAACAAAGGGCUUGCCUUCACCGAUAAAGAAAGGGAUGCCCACUUCUUGCGAGGUCUUCUUCCCCCAACAAGUGUUUCACAAGAAACUCAGGUGAAGAAAAUGCUCCAACAUAUACGUCAGUAUCAAGUUCCUUUGCAGAGAUACAUGGCAAUGAUGAAUCUCCAGGAGACAAAUGAAAGGCUGUUUUACAAACUUCUUAUUAGUCAUGUUGAGGAGUUACUCCCGGUUGUCUACACUCCUACUGUUGGAGAAGCUUGCCAGAAAUAUGGGAGCAUCUACAUGCGUCCUCAGGGUCUUUAUAUAAGUUUAAAGGAGAAGGGGAGGGUUCUUGAAGUACUAAAAAAUUGGCCUGAGAAAGACAUUCAAGUUAUUGUUGUAACUGAUGGAGAGCGGAUCCUUGGUCUCGGGGAUCUUGGCUGUCAGGGGAUGGGGAUACCUGUAGGAAAACUUUCUUUAUAUACUGCACUUGGAGGAGUUCGCCCUUCUGCUUGCUUACCGAUAACCAUUGAUGUUGGUACAAACAAUGAGGGACUGUUGAAUGAUGAAUUAUAUAUAGGGCUUAAGCAAAGACGAGCAACGGGGCAGGAAUAUGCUGAACUUGUCCAUGAAUUUAUGACAGCAGUCAAGCAAAAUUAUGGGGAAAAAAUCCUUGUUCAGUUUGAAGACUUUGCGAACCAUAAUGCUUUUGAUCUACUUGAAAAAUAUAGAUCAACACAUCUUGUUUUCAAUGAUGAUAUUCAGGGAACAGCAUCGGUAGUCCUUGCUGGACUUGUUGCAGGUCUGAAAUUUAUUGGGGGGAAGUUAUCUGAUCACAAAUUCUUAUUCCUUGGAGCUGGAGAGGCUGGCACUGGAAUAGCAGAACUCAUAGCACUUGAAACUUCAAAACAGACAGGGGCCCCAAUGGAAGAAGUGCGCAAAAACAUUUGGCUGGUGGACUCAAAGGGAUUGAUUGUCAGCUCCCGUAAAGAAUCGAUUCAACAUUUUAAGAAGCCCUGGGCUCAUGAACAUGAACCUAUCACGGAUCUUGUAGAUGUUGUUAAAAAUAUUAAGCCAACAGUGUUGAUUGGGACAUCGGGCCGAGGCAAAACUUUUACUCAAGAGGUGAUUGAGGCUAUGGCUGAAAUCAACGAGAGACCUAUUAUUCUUGCUCUUUCCAACCCAACAUCACAGGCAGAAUGUACUGCUGAAGAAGCUUAUAAAUGGAGUGAGGGACGUGCCAUUUUUGCUAGUGGGAGCCCAUUUGCCCCAAUUGAAUAUGAGGAGAAAGUACUUGUGCCUGGCCAGGCCAAUAAUGCAUACAUCUUUCCCGGAUUUGGUCUAGGUUUGAUAAUGUCUGGGACCAUUCGAGUACACGACGACUUGCUUUUGGCUGCCUCGGAGGCUUUGGCUUCGCAAGUGACAGACGAGCACUUUGACAAGGGACUCAUAUACCCACCGUUCAAAGAUAUUAGAAAGAUUUCAGCUCACAUUGCUGCCAAUGUAGCUGCCAAAUCAUAUGAGCUUGGGUUGGCCACUCGUCUUCCUCAACCAAAAGAUUUGGUUAAAUUUGCUGAAAGCUGCAUGUAUACUCCAGCCUAUAGAAGAUAUCGGUGAAGAGACAAUAUUUAUUAUUAUUAUUAUUAUUAUUAUUUAUUUAUUUAUUUAUUUUCUUGAGUUUGGCGUCAAUUUUUUCAUGUCAGUUUUUUCUUUAACAUAUUCAUCUACUCUUGGAAGUUGUUGAAUGAGUGAUAAAGCCUACCUGGUUAAUGCUGGUCGUAUUUGUUGGAGAAGACAAUACCUUAAAAACUACUUUGUACUAGUGUUAAAUUGUUAAUUUUAUAUAAUGACUCAUUUUAUGGGGUAGGCAAACGUAAGACUAAUAAAUGAUAUGAUUUGUGUAAAA